GCAGCAGAAGCCAGAACAUCCCUGGACAAAAGAGGAAACCAUGGAGCUCCCCAUAAGUGAGCAUGAAGACCAGCUUGUUCUGAAGCAAGAUACUGAAGAUACAGGAGAGAAACCUUUCCCAUGUUUGACAUGUGGAGAAAACUUUCUAAAAAAAGAAUAUUUAAUGGUUCACAUGAGAACACACACAGGUCAGAAGAUGUUUAAAUGUGUGUUCUGUGAAAAAAGCUUUUCUUAUAAAUCUAAUCUUAAUAGACACAUCGGAAUUCACAAAGGAGAGAAGCCGUUCUCUUGUAUGGCUUGUGGAAAACAUUUUAACCAAAAGCGUACUUUGACUGACCACAUAAUAACUCAUACAGGUGAAAAACCUUUUAAUUGUCUGUCCUGUGGAAAAAGCUUUUCUCAGAAAUCUCUUCUUGACGCACACGUCCGAAUUCACACAGGUGAGAACCCGUUUUCCUGUAAAGUUUGUAGCAAAAGUUUUUUUGUAAAAAGGAGUUUGACUUUACAUCUGAGAACUCAUACAGCUGAAAAGCUUUUUAAAUGUGUAUCCUGUGGGAAACGCUUCACUCAGAAAUAUAAUCUUGAUAGACACAUCAUAAUUCACACUGGUGAGAAGCCUUUUUCCUGUAACAGUUGUAACAAAAAUUUUCCUAAAAAAAGUAGUUUGACUAGUCACAUGAGAAUUCACACAGGUGAGAAGCCAUUCUCUUGUACAGUUUGUGGCAAAAGUUUUAAUCAAAAAGGUAUUUUGACUGACCACAUAGUAACUCAUACAGGUGAAAAGAUUUAUAAAUGUCUGCCCUGUGGAAAAAGCUUCAGCCUUAGAUCCGCUUUUGAUAGACACAUCAGAAUUCACACAGGUGAAAGGCCGUUCUCUUGUAUGGUUUGUGGUAAAAGUUUUAAUCGAAAGGGUACUUUGACUAACCACAUAUUAACUCAUACAGGUGAAAAGCCUUUUAAAUGUCUCUCCUGUGGAAAAUGCUUCACUAAAAAGUCUUGCCUUAAAAGACACAUCCAAAUUCACACAGAUGAGAAGCCUUUAAAUGUCUGCGCUGAGGAAAAAGCUUCACCUCAAAGUUUGAUCUUGAUAAUCACAUAA